AUGAUCAAGAGUCAUCCCUAUCAAUUCCAAUCGUCCGCCGAGACAGAGCACCAACUCGCUUCCAACGAUGUUACCUCUCCAGCCGGCCUGAGCACGCAGCUUCGGCCGUCCAAAGCCUCCAAAUCCUCAAGAUCAACUCUCCUCUCCUCUGGCACCAACUCUACCUCCUCGAGCCGCCCCGUCUCGGCUCACCUCCGCUCCGAGCUCUUUGACGCCAUCGUCCAGGCAGCCGACCCCAGACACCCAGAUCAUGCAGCCUGGCAGGAUCGAUACGGAGCCCUCUCGAGCACUUCAUCGCGCGCCUCAGUAGCAAGCAGUCACAAACGUGAAAAGCCGUCCGCUCCUUCCGCAUCUGCUCCUCUGUCCACUCGCCAGUCUUUCGACCAUUCAGAACUCUCGGCUCGCAGGAAAACGCCAUCCCGCAGAUCUGGCAUCAGGGAUUUGCCUUCUCGUGCCACUCAAGACGCCCUAGGCUCAGAUGCCGAUGAUCCUGCGACAAACGAGGCGCCCUAUUCAUCGCUUCGUGCCUCCUUUGAAGGCUCUGUCCGCUCCUAUCAGUCACCCUCUGUCGCCAGCUCGAGCCAUCGACGUCGAAAUCGCAGACUUCGCGACGCACCUAAGCCACUCGUGCCUCCCAUUCCACCACCGAGGAUUACCAGCUCCCCCAAUUGGCAGACCACCUUUGGCUCUCCAUCCCUUCCCGAGCUCACCAGCUCUUCGACACCGCGUGCCCCUGCUCAUCCUUCUUCCAGUAACACCAGCGAUCAUCAAGAUCGCGCCUACCUCCACGCUCGUCCGCAGCGCCUCCUUGCUUCUCCACCGCCACCUUCAUCCUUGCGUAUGCCUCAUCCUUACGCUUCUGCUCUCACUUUCGCCAAAGAGCACGAGCCAGACUUGGAACCUCGAACAUCUUUGUCCGCCGUUGAUUCAGCCUACACCUUCCCAACAAGCGCUCGCUCACCUCCUCAAAAUUCGACCUUCACCUCGAAUCUAUCCAAUCGUACGGCGCAAGCCAUCAUUCAAGAGCCAGAGCCACAUGGCAAUAGCCACCUGCAAUCGCCUCGGCAGUCGGCACCGAUCUUAGCCACAUCUUCAUCAUCUGCUCUGCAGAACACAAUCCUGCACACUCCAGAUGGGUUUCACAGUUCAGACUACAGCGCUGCCCCGCGCAAGUCGACGAGCAAGAUUCGAAAGCUCCUUGGCUCUGCAGCGCCUACACUUGCUGCAUCGUCUUUCCCCGACAAGGCACGUUUACCCGCUCAAGCAGACUCGGAGGCGUAUCCGCCGCCUUCUCGGCAAAAAUCUGCACCAGCGGUCCCGCCAAAGGAUUUUGCCCGCAACGGACAUCAGACGAGUGCAUCCCUUUCCCGAGCACCUGUCUCAGCAUUUCAGAGCCCCGUUGCCGAAACAAAGGCUACGCGCCAAAGUCACGAUGCAGCACGGACUGUCGAUUUGGACAUAUUUCCUAUGUGUCGCGAUGAUGAGUUCCGCACAAACGAGUUUGAGAUGGACUCGACCGAGGACAUGGACGCCGAUACCGAACUUCUUGCCGCACACAUGUCGCCGCCAAGCUUCCGAUAUACAUCAUCUACACCGGCAGCUCGUUCUGGCGUGAUGCGGCGUAGCCUCGACUCAAUCAUCUCUCCGUUUCGCGCCGGCCUGCUCAACGGCGAACCAUCCGCUACCAGUGCAACUGCGGCACCAACCGCAAGUUCCAAUCUUAGCGUUCCCAUUCAUGAGCCGAUCGCUGAGGGCCGACGCAGCUUCUCCGACUCGCGAUUCGGCAGGUCCUUUCUCCCCCGUCAUCGUCCUGCAACUUUUGCAAGGCAAGCGCGACCGCUCAGCAAAGUCGUCGAUCAUCCAGAUAACGAGGUUGGCGAAGUACCUUCCACGGUCGAUCUCACACAAGGUUCAAAUCAUCCAGAUGCCGCAUCGGAUGCGCAUUUGCAAUUCGAGAUGCAGGACAUGGCUCCCAAGAUAAGCGACCGAGCUACGAUCACUGGCAUCAAGCGACCAGACAUGUCGACUAAGACGGCCGGCUCUCGAAGCCUGGUAAGCACCUAUAGUCGUUCCACCAGCAACCUACGCGACUUGUCGCACACGUCCCACUCAUCUCCCGUCUCGCAACAUCGUCCACGCGGCAAGUUUGGUGGUCUGCUCAUCAGGGUCAAGGGUUCUGUCACUCCAAAAGGGCUCAACCUUGCUACGUCGCCGCCAAACUCCAGCCCAUCUGCGCCCUCUCGAUCGGCUGAGGCUUUCGAUCUCAACUUUCCAAUGUCAGAGCAGGCUGCUUCAAUGUCGGCGUCACCAUCCUUCAGUGGCAAUUUCUCCAACGGCUUCAUGUCUAAGAAAGUGGAAAGAUCUUUUCGAGCACGCGUCAAAUCCUUGACCGCACUCUCGUCAUCUCGCAGCAAAGAAGAGAUCGACAAUGUGCCCCCAGUCCCAGCUAUACCGGUAGCUUUUGCCGCACCAGAAGACGUGGUGACUCGAUCGAUUUGGGAAGAAUCACCUCAGUUGCCGACAUCUUCCCAGUUCCCCUCGGAAAAGAGCUCGCGAAACCUUGGAAGGUUGCUUCGACGCAAGAAGAUGCAGCAACAUCCGAUAACAGCCGUCGACGUCUUUGUACCAACGACGCCAAAGAGGUCUUCGCCUCAUGUCGUGGAAGAGUCUGCCCCAAGGUCGUCAACGUCGUCCGCUCGUGGCUUUGAUGUUGUGGAGCAGUCGGGUGAUCCUGCCAAUAUCGCCCAAUCGCGCAUCACCAUUCGCAAAACAUUGAGCCCAGCGCUACUGAGUGACACGCCUCAAACAGGGAUCGAGGCAGGAUUGGUAACCGAGCAGCUUCGUCACUUUGAUGCCGAUGUCAUCUCUACUGGCAACGGCGGGACAGCAGACACGGAAACUGCUUUGUUGUCGCCCUCGACAGACGAUUCCGCAGAACUCGGAGUUGAGGUAGAGGGGGACGAGCAGCGAUUUAGAUCGCCAUUGGGCCGUUUCAUCCGAGGCCAGCCUCGCGUCGACCGUCUCUCACGCGUCGAGGAGUUGAGCGAACGUCUUUCGUGGAUCGCUGAGCCGAACGAGUCCAAAGGCGUGCGGCCUUCCGCUUCGGUGCCUCUCUCGGGAACAUCCAACCGCAGUUCGCGCUCCUUUGCUGAACACAGACUGGUACGCACGAGUACUAGCGGGAACCUGCGUGUGCAGACUCUGCCUUCGACACUCGAGUUGGCUGUCACGAAGGAUUCACGUACCAGAAAAGUCAGCCUAGAUAUGCUGCGACCCAGCAAAAAGCAAAGCAGUUUGAGCCAUCAGGAUGCCACAACAUCCAUGCCAUCUUCGAUCUUGAGUUCUCCUGCGGCCGCGAAUCUCCUUUCAACGCCAAAGGGUUCGGCGACUCCAGCUCUGCGCGAACAACUGACGCCUUCAUGGCGUUCGACGAGUUUCAGUGCACAACGAAGCGCCCGAACGUCAUUCUCGCAAGACCGGGAUCGAGCGCCUGUCGCGAGCCCCUUCAGUCCGCCACUGCCAUCGAGUCGUGGCGUCGGCCAGGCAUUUAAACGACUGGGAAUCAAGGGAAAAAACAAGAAGGGCGGUAAAGGCAUCGGACCUGCGGACCUCAUCGUGGUAGAUUUGGGUGACGAUACCAAUUUAGAUCAGAGCUGGCGACCAUCCAUGUCGGUUGAAUCGAGGCCAUCAUUUGGAGCAGAAGCGCGACCCUCUUUCAGCAGCAUGUUGCGGCCUACGUUCGGAGGAGGCAGGCCAAGCUUUGACGCGACGGCACGGUCCGACGUCGAAUCGAACGGCUUGAUACCUAGCCCUGUGACCCCCUCCUUUGGCAGUCACGGGCUGAGCCAAAAGCUGUCGAAGGAGACGAGCAAAAGCACCGCAUCAUUGCAAACCGCACUUGCGGAUGGCGACGGAAGGCUGGCCGCAAAUGGAAGUCAAGUAGCCGGCUUAGGUAUCAACUCGCUGACUUGGGCUGAGGCCAUCCCGUCGCAGAAGGGAGAGAAUGUCGACCUUUCGGGUAGCACUUCUGACGGAACCUUUACUACGCACGGCAUUCAAACGCCGGAAAACGGAUCGGUGUCGCACAGCUACAUAUCGCAGAUGCCCAGUAGAACAGACUUGACCGGCGCCACGACUCCGCUUGCUGGCAGAGCAAGCAUGGACUCAGCGUCGCAGCCAACGCCGCCGACUGUGAAAUCAAGUGAACUGCUGGCGCUCGAGGCGAUGCUCGGUCGAUUCCCUCAGCAAGAAAAGGUGUUACUGCAAGACAUUUCUGCACGCGUUGCUCAAAGCGCCGAUGCCAAAGCCGGAGGUGCUGCGUAG